CAUUCGUCUUCAACUUUCUUAUCUUUUACAACAUAUAUACACUCAUAUAUAUGUAUGUGUAUGUGUUGCUUCAAUUGUACUCCGUUUUGUGAUUGCUACAUGGGGCUUAAAUGAAGUAGCGAUUGAUUGAUUCCCAGAAUGGGUAUGGUGAGAAAUGUAGCCGAAGCUGAUGAACAAUUGGGAGUGAUGGAGUGGAACAACCAAGAACAACAAUUGAACCACCACCAGUAUGUGGGUGUUGGCGGUGGCGGUGAUGUGAUGUACGCGAAGGUGAUGACUGACGAGCAGAUGGAGCUCUUACGGCAACAGAUCUCUGUCUAUGCCACCAUCUGCGACCAACUUGUUGAGAUGCACAAGAACAUUACGGCUCAACAGGAUCUUGCUGGAAUGAGGUUGGGCAAUCUAUACUGUGAUCCCUUAUUGACAUGCGGUGGCCAGAAGAUCAGUGCCAGGCAGCGAUGGACUCCAACUCCUAUGCAGCUUCAGAUUCUUGAGCGUCUCUUUGAUCAAGGCAGUGGGACUCCUAGCAAGCAGUUGAUCAAAGAUAUAACUACCGAGCUUUCACAACAUGGUCAAAUUUCUGAAACAAAUGUCUAUAAUUGGUUCCAGAACAGGAGGGCUCGAUCAAAAAGGAAGCAACCUGUUUCAGCACCAAACAAGACAGAAUCAGAAGUAGAGGCAGAGGUUGAGUCCUCAAAGGAGAAGAUGACAAAACCGGAGUGCACUAAAUCCCAUGAGAACACGGCUGCAAAUGAUGAAAAUGUAUAUUUCCAGGAUCAUGAGAUAAGUGCUGAAAUGCAUUGCUUGGAUAUGCAUUCCAGUAAGGAGGAGCACAUGUUCUCAUCAGAUCAUUUUUUGAGAUCUCCAGGCAGUUUGGGUCAUUUAGCUUUGCCCGAGAGUAUUCCAAGAAUUGACCAGCUGCUGAUUGGUAAAAUGGAAGUUUCAGGGGGCUUUAGUCCUUAUCAUCACGGAGAUGGAUUUGACCACCUCGGAUGAUGAUCCUCCUAUGUUUUUAUGUUGCAGUGGCUUGAUCACAAACUUAUCGAACCUAUGGUUUGGAAUUAUAUCAACAUUUAAAUAGCAUAGUAAAGCAUAAGUAGCAUAGUAAACCAUGAAGCGUAUAUGUUUUGGCUAGAGUUGUGUGGGGUUGAGAAUUAUGCAAUUCCAUUCUGCAUUUACAGGAACCUAUAGAGGUAUACUAGUUGAUUUUUGUAGUAAACACUGAUUGCUGUUUGUUGUGUGUGAUUCUAUUGGAAAUUAAGUUGCUCUGUUUAGUGCUUGUA